UUUAAUCAAUCAAUUCAAAAAUUUCAAAAUUAUUUCGAUUUUUUUCAUUCUACCCUUUUUAUUAAAAAAAAGCUGUCAAACUUUUUACCUCCCUCUCUCCCGAUAAUAACCGUCCGUCGCACGAAUCUCACUCGUAUACAAAUACACAAUAAAAAAUCGUAAUCCAGGAUUAAAAAGAACAACAUCAAAGCAACAACUAUAAAAUAAGUCGAACUAGAAUAAUGCAGAAGAACUUGGAAUUACGUGAUGUGUGCAGUUUGACAUCGACGAAGAAAUUUAAUCGCUGUCGUUCCUUUCACUUCCGGUAUUUGGAGCUCUGUCGAGCGAAGAAUCUGACUCCUUUGCCAGAUAUUCGUACUAAAAACAAUGCAACAUCGAUGUUAGAUUUUUUCGGAGAAAAAUUAGGUGUUACUGAUUGGCUACUCAUCAUAGAAGCUCUUUACUAUGAUCAAGUGCUCCAAACGCUUAGCAUCCGCUUGCGCAAGACCCUGGGUUCGGUGUUGGAGCAUUUGGAUACGGAAAAGAAGGCACGGCUCUUUAAGCAGAAGCCGGUGAUCUGUACUAAGUUUGUUUUUUCUGGUAUCGUGGAGGCGGUCUCAAAUUGUAUUGAAUUCAACAAGAAUUUAAGAAUUCUAAAUCUCGAAGGUUUGCCACUCAAUGAUAAAUACGUGGAAUCUAUAGCUAAGGCUCUGUCUUCGAAUGAAAGCCUUAAGGAAAUAAGUUUUCAGCGUUCGAAUAUUUAUGAUAAAGGAUGUGAGGCUAUAUGCAAUACAAUAAAAUAUCUGGAAAAUGUAGAGAAGUUAAAUUUAUCUGAGUGUGAGCUAUCAACAAAGGGUGCCGAACAUGUCGCCGAUAUGAUUAAGAUACAAAAGAUCAGCCGCUACACGGAGGGUUGGCAAAAAUCGCUACGCUAUCGGGAUGUAGAUCCAGACUCUAUACCUGGACUGCGUUCGAUUGCAUUGGCGCGUAAUCCACAAAUCGGCGAUGAUGGUGUAAAAGCAAUCGUAGAAAUAUUAAAGGAGGAUGUAUGGGUAAAAGUUAUCGAUAUGGAGAAUUGCGGUCUGACUGAUCGUGCCGCUAACAUGAUCUUGGAUUGUCUCGAAGUCAACAACUACAUAAUUGAUUUCAAUGUACGUGGAAAUGCAGGUAUCAGUAAAUUCCUGCAGCGUAACAUUCGUGAGCAACUGGGGAAGGAGGAUGAGGAUAUGAAGAUGCUGGAAGGCCACAUGCAACAGAGUACAAAUGGCAAUGGGCCCAAUUCGCAGUCCAAAAAGAAUCGCGUCACCUUGGCACAGCUUAAGGAGCAACUCAAAACGCUUGAGGAACAAUUAGCGUUCGAGCGUGUCUUACGUAAAAAGGCCGAACAGUUGAAUGAGAAACUCAACCAACAGAUAAUUGCAUAUGAGAAUCAAAUGGAGGAUGAAGCCAAUGCUCGUAUACCUGAAGGAUAUGUUGUUGUGAAAAAUGAAUCACUGCAGUCUAUUAUCAAAGAACGCAAUGAUUUCCAGAAGCUGGCCAGCAGCGUUUGUCGCAAAAACUCACCGCGCAAUAAUAACAGCCGAUCGAAGCAGAUGAACGCGUUGCAAAUGCAAAGUUCACACAUGUCGCUACGAGAAAGUCAUAAUGUGAGUAUGUUGCCACCAGGCGAUGACACUUCCUGCCAUGUUAAUGCUGUUGCAAGCGCGAAGAACGUGCAGAUGUAUCGAGAAAUACCAUCACCUACUUCGACUGUGAAGGAGAUGCCCCGGAAGCCUCUCAAAGUGCGCAAAGUAAAAAGUGAAAUGAAGUACGUUGAACCAACUCCAAAAGAUUCGUCCAAAAAAAAGGAAUCUAAAUCGGAUCAUGAGUUCGCCAAUGAGACUGAUUUUCAACUUACUGCGGUGCACUUUGAAACGAAUAUCGGCGAUUCGGCAGCGAACAACUUGUCUCCGAUGAUGUUACCAAUGCCAGGCGUUUCGUCAUCAUUGCUUACACAAUUAACGGCGCGCAUUGAUAAGAAGCCGUUAAAUAAUGGUGGUGGCUGCUCCAUUCCCAGCAGCAGUCGCAAUAAUUUUUGUAAUAAAAUUGAAAUGGACGAUUUGUCCAUAUCCACAUCUCGAAGUCAAACCAGCGAUUGCUGUUCCAGCGAUUCGGACACUUUGCGUAAUAGUGUUUCAGAUUUUCAACCGUUAAAGGUCUUCAUACGACGCAACAAGUCGUUGACGUCGCAACAGCAAUUGCAACAUGGUCAAUGCGAGGGUUUGACUAUGGAUAUAAAGUCGCCUCGUACACUCUUUAUGGGACUGUGCGAUGAUUGACGAGAUAACAAUUCUGUGGAAAAGAAGGACGCAAGAAAGCCAGAAAUUAUGUGGAAGUUUAUUUUAUUUUAUUUGUUGAAUUUAGCAUUUUUUCUUUUAAAGCUAUCGCCGAGAAGUACAUCAAGGCCUCUCACUCCUCAUUCCUUCUUCCUAGUUUUUUCUUAGGAAGUAUGGUGAAGAGAUAUGUGUCUCAAAUAUUGUAGAAUCACACUACAAAAUUCUCUGUAGCGUCCGAAAUAUAUUUUCGUAUAUUUUUUCUUGCUUACAGCAGUUCUUGUGUAAUCCUUUUCUCAAUUCUGUGUAUACGCAUAUGUAUAUAUUUUGUAUAAUAUUAUGUUGCAAUAAAUAAUAGUUUAUAAAAAGUCGUAGAAAAUUAUUAAACACCAAACAAUAAACCACAGACUA